AUGGGAAAAGAUUACUAUAAAAUAUUAGGUUUAACCAAAGGCGCCUCUGAUGAUGACAUAAAGAAAGCUUAUCGAAAACUUGCUCUCAAGUAUCAUCCGGAUAAAAAUAAGGAGGCGGGUGCGGAAGAAAAGUUUAAAUCCAUUGCUGAAGCAUAUGAAAUACUAUCAGAUCCUAAGAAGAAGGAAAUAUUCGACAAAUAUGGAGAAGAAGGUUUGAAAGGUGGUAUGGGUGGUGGUGGCGGCGGCCCCGGUGGUGCUGGCACACAUCAAUUCUACUCUAAUGUCGAUCCGCAUCAAACCUUUCGAAUGUUUUUUGGUGGAGCUGAUCCAUUUGCAAUGUUCUUCGGUGGAGAUGAUGAUGAAGGACCCGGUGGCGGUUUCGGAGGUUUUUCGAAUAUGGGUGGCUUUAACUUCGGUGGCGGCCACCCUGCUCAACAAAGUCAAAUGCCAAGAAAGAAGACCCAAGAUCCUCCUAUCGAGCAUGAACUGUUUGUGACUCUAGAAGAAGUUUCAAAUGGUACAACAAAGAAAAUGAAAAUAUCUCGGAAAGUCCUCAAUCCUGACGGUCGUACAACACGAGUGGAAGACAAAGUUUUAACAAUCGAUAUAAAACCCGGAUGGAAACAGGGUACCAAAAUAACAUUUCCACGUGAAGAUAAACCACAUCAAACAUUUCGACGAGAAGGUGCAGAUCUUAUUUAUACCGCGAAGAUUACUUUGAAAGAGGCAUUAUGUGGCACAACUAUCAAUGUUCCUACACUUGAUCCAAGCCGUGUGCGGAAGCUACAACUGAAUGAUGUCAUCAAACCUACAACUGAGAAACGUCUUUCCGGUGAUGGUCUUCCGAACACGAAGCAGCCAAGUACACGAGGCGAUAUCAUUGUUAAAUUCGAUAUUAAAUUUCCUGACACGCUCAGUAAAGAACAGAAGGAAACAAUUGGAUCAACGUUACGAAAUUAA